AUGUUGGAAUAUGAAAGCGAUCCUGGCUGGCAAUAUUUACGUCAACCUCAGCGGCAGAUUGCCACAACAAUAUCAAAAAGACUUAAUUCAAAGAAGGUUUGGGUGCCUGAUGAAGAAGAGGGUUUCAUUGCUGCAGAGAUUAAAUCAACAAAGGAUGAUUUAGUUACUCUUAUCACUUGUAAGGGAGUUGAGAAGACUUUGAAAAAAGAUGAAACACAAAAGAUGAAUCCACGAAAGUAUGAGAAAACGGAAGAUAUGACAAAUUUAACAUUUUUAAACGAUGCAUCCGUACUUCAUAACUUACGUGAACGAUACCUUUCUAUGAUGAUUUAUACUUACUCAGGCCUAUUCUGUGUGGUUAUUAAUCCUUACAAGCGUUUACCAAUCUACACAGAAAGCAUUUGCAAAAUGUAUAUUGGAAAACGACGCACUGAAAUGCCGCCCCAUUUGUUUGCUGUUUCUGACGAAGCUUACAGAAAUAUGAUUAAUGAUCACAGAAAUCAAUCAUUGCUAAUUACCGGUGAAUCAGGGGCAGGAAAAACAGAAAAUACAAAAAAAGUUAUAGCUUAUCUUGCCGUAGUUGGUACGCCACAUUCAUUAAUCAAAUCAGAGGAGAAUGGCAAGGAAAAAGCUUCUAUUGAAGAUCAAAUUGUGCGCACUAAUCCGGUACUUGAAGCGUUCGGAAAUGCGAAAACUGUACGGAACAAUAAUUCAUCACGUUUUGGGAAAUUCAUUCGGAUUCACUUUAAUGCUGCCGGAAGACUUGCCGGAGCUAAUAUAGAGCAUUCAUUUUUAAUGAUUUUAAAAAUUACAUAUUUAUUGGAAAAAUCUCGAGUUAUCAAACAAGCGCCGGGAGAACGAUGUUAUCAUAUAUUCUAUCAGAUUAUGUCCGGUCAAGUUGCAGGAUUAAAAGAAAAGUUAUUUCUAACACGCGAAAUAACUGACUAUCAUUUAAUUUCUCAAGCUGAAGUGACUAUCGAUGGUGUGAAUGAUAAGGAGGAAAUGCAAAUAACUGAUGAAUCAUUCGAUAUUAUGCAUUUUGUUGAGCAAGAAAAGCAAGACUUAUAUGCCUUAGUAGCUGGUAUUAUGCAUAUGAGUGAAAUUAAAUUCAAACAACGGCAGAGAGAGGAACAGGCGGAAUGUGACGAUUAUCAUGAAGGUGAAUUGGCUUGUAAAUUGUGGAUGGUUGAUACGGAUAAUUUUGUAUCUUCAUUACUGAGGCCUCGUGUUAAAGUUGGUAUGGAAUGGGUGAGAAAAGGUCAGAAUCUUGAACAGGUGAAUUGGGCUGUGGGAGCAUUAGCAAAGGCAAUAUAUGCGCGAAUGUUUGCAUGGCUAAUUAAGAGAUGUAAUAAAACAUUGGAUGCACAAGAUCGCAGCCGUGAUUAUUUUCUUGGAGUGCUCGAUAUUGCUGGUUUUGAAAUUUUUGAUUUUAAUUCAUUUGAGCAGUUGUGGAUUAAUUUUGUAAAUGAGAAGUUACAACAAUUCUUCAAUCAUCAUAUGUUCGUUCUGGAACAGCAAGAAUAUCAAAGUGAAGGAAUUCAAUGGGAAUUUAUUGAUUUUGGUUUAGAUCUUCAAACGUGUAUUGAACUGAUCGAAAAGCCACUCGGUAUUAUUUCAAUGUUGGACGAAGAAUGUAUUGUACCAAAGGCAUCUGAUUUUACAUUAGCACAAAAAGUAAACGAUCAACAUCUCGGAAAACAUCCAAAUUUGCAGAAGCCUAAACCACCGAAAGGAAAACAGGCUUCCAUAGUACAUUACGCAGGUACGGUACGUUACAAUGUAACAGAUUGGCUAGAAAAAAACAAAGAUCCACUUAAUGAUACAGCUGUAAGCUUUUUAAAAGCAAAUACUGGAAUGAUUUUGAUGACACAAAUUUGGGAGGAUUAUAAAACACAAGAAGAUAUUGCUAAUUUAGUAAAAGAUGGUAAAACGAGUAAAAAGAAGGGUAAAUCAGCUUCAUUUAUGACUGUUUCAAUGAUGUAUCGUGAAUCGUUGAACAAUUUGAUGACUACGCUUAACAAAACUUUUCCACAUUUCAUUCGUUGUAUCAUACCGAAUGAAAAGAAGCAAUCAGGAGUAAUUGAAGCUUCAUUGGUGCUUAAUCAGCUUUCUUGUAAUGGCGUACUUGAAGGUAUUCGAAUUUGUCGUAAAGGUUUUCCAAAUCGUACCUUACACGCUGAUUUUAAGCAAAGGUAUGGUAUUUUGGCUACUGAAGAAGCAUGUUCUGAAGUCGAUCUUAAGCAAUGUGUUGCAAAAAUAUGUACAAAAUUGGAAAAAAGUGGAACAUUGAAACCUGAAGAUUAUUGCAUUGGAAAUACUAAAGUUUG